AUGACUGCCACGCGCUUCCACCCUCAUGUCACCCCUCUAUCCAUAUCCCCCGAAGCCGCAUUCAUCGCCGGCUCCGCCGCCUCGCAAAUUGUCACCAAUGACCACGACACACAUUCCGCAACGUGGUACGAUCAGCAUGGCAUCGAGCCAUCCGGUGAGACCGCUCUCGUGACCAACACGGCCUUGCAACUCAUCAACAACUUCCUGGAUCAACUCCUUUUCAAUAUUCUUUCCGUCUCCCGCUCUACUUCUCUCGGCUCCUUGAGACCUGCCGUUACUGAGAUCCUCAAACCUAAGCUCGCCAAGGAUGCGAUAAACCAAGCAGAUGAGGAGCUGCGUGAGUAUCUGGGAGGUGGCGAUGAAGAUGACCUUUUGCUUCCCCAAGGAGGCGAGUCUGCUCGCGACUGGGACUUGGAACUGGUAUGGAAACGGACGAGGUUGAGGUGCAUGGUCUACUCUUCGUUAGGUGACCUCGAAGAGGAGGACGAGGAUUACUUUAUGGAACAGGAAGGCCUAGAAAUGGACACCGACGAACAACCGAAUGCUACGAUAUCUCCUGCCGUCGCCAUUUUCCUCACCUCCAUCCUCGAAUAUAUGGGCGAACAGGCCCUUGUUGUUGCAGGCCAAGGUGCCUGCGGCCGACUUCAAAACCGACUUGAGAAGGAGCUGCGUGACGGUGCGAGGGAUCCUAAUGAAAUAGCGGACCGUGUCGUUGUGGAUGACCUCGACAUGGAUCGUGUCGCCCUGGAUCGAACUCUUGGGCGCCUAUGGCGUGCCUGGAAGAAGAGGAUACGAUCGCCUACUUUUGAUUCCCGCCCAUUCUCUCCACCCCUGCCGGAGGCGAGGCCGGACGAGGUCGAAGCGGCGGCUGAGGCAGCUGAAGCGGUUGAUGUCCCCGCCGAAACGGAGGUUGAGCCUGAGGUUGACAUUGAAGUUCUCGCCGCCUCGGUCCCGCUUCCCAUUACCGAGCGUGAUGUGGAUGAGAUCGAGGUGCCCGGCCUCGUCGCAGCCUAUAGCGACGAUGAGGAAGACGAUGAGGAGUUUGAGGUCGAGGAAGACUCAAUGCCCAAGAGACCUCUAAGCCUGGUGUUGAUACCUUACCAGGUGCCGAUUGGGCUGGCUGUAGAAGAAAACUUUUACGUCGAUGUACCGGUUGCCGAGCCGCUUCACAGGUCCAACUCGAACCCGAAUCUGCCAUCUGCUUUACUUUGGGCCCGCCGCCGCCGCUACGCCCUCAACCUUGAGCUGGGACCCACCGAGUUUUGGAAGGCGCGAACAGGAGGAGCCUCUGAGCCCCCGGCUACCGACGCGGAAUCCGCUGCUGAAGUGCAAGGUCAUGACGAUACGGCCGAAUUUGAAAUUCUUACUUCUUCGAGGGUAUCUGUUGGUAGCGCAAUGUCGCCGUCACUGUCUGGGUCCGACCAAGACCGCUCGAGGAGCUCUAGCCGCCAAGCAACGAGACCAACCAGCAUGUCUUCGCCCAGGCUGAUUGAUGUGUCUGGUCCCAAGAGCCCUGUGAUGCGAUCUCCUGAACCUGAGGUCCCGGAGCAGCCACAACCCCUGGUGAGCGCUUAUGAUGCUCAGCAGGAGAGGCCGCAGGCGGUUGAAACUAUCUUCCGCUCGCCCAUCGCAAGCCCAGUCUCGAGAGCCGCCGCCGAGCGUGCUAACAGGGCAGGCCGAACUUUUGUAAACCCCGCCAUUUCCGAGGCGGAAGAGGACCGGGAUGCCCUAGCCAUCCCCGCGGAAUCGCUCCCAACCCCGAGGUCUGCUGGCCACAGAAUGGCUUCCCCGACUCAAGACCAGGCACCAACUGGAACCAAGGUCACGAUUAUCUCUACUACCAACUCCGACGGCCGAUUCGUUCAGCAGCAACACUCGCCCCCGAGGCACCGCGUAAGAACUCGGGCCCCAACCGCGGCUACCAUACCCGGGCCGGCUCGGCCUCGAGACAGCAAGUCUCUCCGGCCAGUAUCGGGCUGCCGUUUGAAGCCUGUUCGUACUUCGGAGGAAAGCGGUACCGCCCGCCCCCAAGACGUCGCGCGCAACUUCGAGCAGCUGAUCCAGAGCGACGAGACGAUCCAGUACACGCUGACCCCCGAGGGCAUGCGUGACAUGGAUGCCUCCUCUCUCCACAACAGCCCGGUUCUGGCCUCCAAGUCUCGACGGAGCGAUGAUGUGAAGCGCAUCAACGCCAACCGUUCCCGCUCCUCGAGCAAUUCGGGCUCCACAAAGAGAGUGGUUGGUUCAACCGUUGAGGUGCACAGACACCCCUCGGUAAGCCGUCAGAAUGGCCUCGCAUCCCAUCCAACCAACGGAUCGACAACCAAGCUCUCUGGUCCCGUUCCUCGUUCACCGGCUGUGAAUUCGAUUAGCUCCCGUGCGUCGCAAGCCCAGGCCCGUGAAGCCAGGGUUCCUCGGGACUCGACCGCCGAGUUUGCGGAUUUCAUUCGCUCCACCGGGCCCUAUGGAGGCGAUAACGCGCCGGUCCCUGUUCGACCUGGGGCUGGCUCCGUGUCAUCUGCAAAGAAUAGCAUUGACACUCGUCGCACCUCGACAACGAGCAACCGCCCCCGCCUCAUGGCUAGGGAGGCCAUAGUAGACAACCGCGAAGACAACUCGGACCUCAUUGAUUUCAUUCGACGGGGCCCGGGUGGUUCGGCAGGAGACCACAGGAUCCCUCGUGCCGUUGCGCCUUUCCGAACCACGAUGGAUUCGGAUCAGAUGUCGGGCGCUGUAGGUGGCAAAGCCAUUGAUGCCAUGAUCCCCGACAUUCGCCACAGCCAAGCAUCGGCUAGUGUUACGGAUAUGGCCCCUUCAAUGCACUCGUCUAUCAACUCCCAAAGUGCGCUUCUGAGGAAUAAGCCCUCGUAUCAGAACGCGUUUGACGAGGAGGACUCGAUGCCCAUGCCCAAGCGCAAGACUCGGAGGGUUCGGGAUCCGUAUGCCAUUGACUUGAGCGACGAGGAAGACGACGAGAUCUACGGCAUGCCCUCAAUGGCCAGCGCUCGGUCGGCUCCUCCUGCGAAGGAGGAAAGCCUAGCUGACUUUUGCGAAACUAUGAGCCACCUCCAGGCCCCCGCAAGCCAUGGCUCCUCCCCCGACCCAAACAAAACCCAAAAGAAGUCGAGCACGAGCAACCUAAUCAACAGGUUCACGCGCAGCAGCAACAGCAGCCACAGCAACAAGACCUUUACCAGCACGCCAAACCCCUUGCCUCCUCUACCACGCACCAACAGCUCGCACAGCGCAAACAGUGGAAAGGGCUAUAUCCCCAUCCAAGUCAGUAUGCCUCCGGGCUACGACAAGUAUGGGCCUAUCGACACCUCGGCCGUGCCCAAGCCGGCACCCCCGUCUAGCUCUGGGGCCGGCCGCGUGCCGCGAAAGAAGUUUGAGCCACGCGAGGCCGUCUCUACCCACUCGAGCUCCGGCACGGCGGACCUCGCCGCGUUCCUCCGAGGGUCUGGCCCCCGCUGGCCCUCCAGGUCCUCGAUACGGCUCAGGCCGAUAGUCGAUACCAUGUCUUUCCGCUCAGCCUUUCGCUGA